AUGCGCGUCGUGGAAAAGUUGGCGUAUCGCGGCGCGACGAAUCGAAUCGUCGCGUACUACGAUCCGGCGCGCGUCGUCGAGAUGCAGCGAAAAUGGAUCGAGACCCUCAUGGAUGAAAAGGUGCUCCUUAUCGAGAGAUUACGUCGCGCGCGACGCAUCGCUGACGAAAACCGCGAAUCAGCGCUCGCGUGGCGGCGCGCGUACGUCGACUGUCGCGCCAACAAAAACGCCUUCGCCGAGCCGAAGCCAAUCGUCGCGAAGCCGCACGACGCCACCUCGUGGUCUCCCGCGUGGUCGUGGUACGCCCAUCCUCGAUCAAAGUCGACCGUAAAAACCGUGAACGUGAUCCGUCGGUUUUGUCCGAUCGUCGCGGAACUCCGACUCCGACGAAUCGUCGAGUGGAUGGCUCGCCGACUCGUCUCGACGAAACGAUAG